AUGACAGCAGAAAUUUUUGAAGAAAUGUUACAAACGUGGGACGGACAACUCGGGCAGCAAAACCGCAAAGUGUUGCUCUGUCUCGAUAACUUCUCUGGUCACCCUUCUGACGUCCACUUGGACAACAUCCAAAUGCUCUUCUUUCCGCCCAACACAACAGCAAAUUCCCAACCAAUGGAUCAAGGAAUCAUACAAAAUCUUAAGCACCAUUACAAAAAGCUCUUGCUGUCCCACCGUCUCGAAGCCAUGGAUGAAGGAAACGAGUUUAAAUUUACAUUGCUCGACACUCUGCACAUUGCUCGGCGUGCAUGGGAGCAGGUCAGUGAAUUGACGAUUAAGAACUGCUUCGCGAAAGCCAAGUUUAUUGAAGAGGAAAUACAAAUAGAGCCAGAGGAUGCUGAGCUGCUCGAGAUCUGGAAAGCUUUACCUCUCGAGGAAAAGACACAUGAGAACGAAACAAUUGAGCUGUUUGAUUUUCUCGUAACUGGAGGAUCUUUCACUCUAGAAGAAAUAGAUACUCAUCUAUAA